AUGCCAUUGCAUUAGCUGAAGAGACACAACAUGAAAUGCCUUAUUGCACCUUCCAUUCUUGUGACCAUCUUCCUAGCUCCAACUCUGGCACGGACGAACACCAGUGGCAGUCAUCCUCUGCAUGGCUCUGUGGGGACCCAGGCCAUCCAUGUUGAUACCCUCCGAGGUAUGGUCAGCAUCCAAGACAACAACCUUCUGAGUGAAUGGAACGGAAUCAUGGACUACAAGAACGCCCUCCUGGCAGUUAAGCUGUUUAGCAAGAUGGCCUGUGUCCUGGCCAAGAUGGACCCAGCAGCCUUUCCAAGUUUGGAUGAUAUGACCCAGGCCCUGGGCAAGCAGGCUUCCGGUCACUACCCACCUACGCGUGGACUGACCUACACAGUUUUACCCAGCCGAAUCAAAAACUUGGCCCAAUACGGAGCGCCAGUCAAAGACCUGUGCAGAGCGGUCCCUGCCUACUUUGCUCAGCAGCGAAAAGAAGGCACCGCUCUGGCGAUGGACCCAAACUCCUGUUCUGAGCUCCAGCUUCUAUCCUUCAUGGGACUGUCCAUCUGUGGUGAGAUCCCUGGGCUCUGA